AUGAGGAGGAUAGAGAACCUGACCAGCCAGCAGGUGGCCUUUUCCAAGCACCGGAGAGGCCUUCUGAAGAAGGCCUUUGAGCUCUCCGUGCUCUGCGAUGCUGAGAUCGGCCUCAUCGUCUUUUCAGCCCGUGGGAAGCUCUACAAAUUCGCCAGCUCCAGGCAAGAGCAGACUGGCAAACUACUGAAGGAGGCAGAUAAAGAAAUUGGUCAUCAGAAAACGAUUACCUCCCUAUCAAAAUCUGCAGAUGGCUCUCAUUUUCUAACAGGUUCAUCAGAUAAGUUUGCCAAGGUGACAACCACUUUUAUCUAG